AUGGACCAAGGAGAAAAUGAGGUGGUAUGGAUGAAUGACGCCAUGGAUGGUGAAUCUUUCAUUGAAAUACAAAUCAACAAACUAGCAACUGGAGUGAGCAUAUCUUCUUCUUCUUCUCCAAGUAAUGAAAUGCAGACGUCAGCAAUCUUCUCGUCGGCCUCUAGCUACUUCUCUACAUACAGCAUCGUGACAACGAAGUUGAUGAUGAAACUGGGGUGUUUGAGUAUAGUGGGGGUCAUAAGGGAGAAACUGAACGUGGGAGAGAAGUGGGUCCUCAAUGUUAUUCACGGACGACGAAGCAAGAUCUCCCUUCAUUGCCACUGCAAAGGCGGCACCAAUUACAGCAAGGAAACAUUAACGGACGACUCCCUCACGGCAGCCAUCGCAUACUGCAAUGCAUCCUCUUUUUCCCGUCAACAAAUUUAAUACUCUUUCUAUCAUUGUUGUUAUUGUUGGCUGUAGACAAGAUUACUAAUGUUGGUAAUCACAUAGGGAAUGGAUAUUGGGGCAUUAGGUCCUAUCUACUGGUAUAAUGAAUCAAGUCGUUUAAUAUUAUCGCUUUAAGAAUAUUUUCUCUCGUAUUGCAAUGUGUGAUAACCAAGUAAGAGACGUUAUGACGAACUGGACAAGUCGAAGAAUGAAGGGCCUGGUUCACUCUUCAUCCAACUGUAAGUAAUGACUAUAUAACACUACUCUGAAUUCUUCUUCGCAUUCAUCACCAAUACCAUCACUUCUGUCUUGUAUAACUUCAUAUACAUGGUACCACAAUGAUUUCUAAAAUAUGCAAUCACAUGCAAUUAUUUACACUACAAAUAUGGGGAAGACAUGUAACCACACUAUCCUGAUCCAACAAAUAUGCAUAGGUACAUAGAUAAAUAACAUAUAUGUGUUGGCAAGGCAGAGCAAUAAACGGAAUUGCAAGAUCCACUUGGGAAAUUGGGAAAUUCAAUGUAUCCUCUUUUGUCACCAGAGGACUCGUCCUUGGCAAAUGGACUAAGUAUAUUCUUAACAGCUGAAUAUCAACAAACAAGCUGAAUGCCAAAUAGAACCAGGAAACUCAGAUCCAAUAUAACAUUUCUGACAGCAGACUAGAAAAAUCCUCAUCAAUUGAGCCAAAUAACUCUAAAAGGAAUGUUUUGAGUUGCAGAAGGACCUGUAACGUAAACAAGGAUAUUUAAUCUACCAUGUAACUGUUGAGUCACAGGCUCAACCUAGUUCAGAUUCCAGAUAUGAACACAGUUAUUUUUCACUAAUAGCUAAAGCUAGUGCACGAAUAGUGUUUCGUCCAACGACACAGUAUUAAAAGCUAAGCUGACAGAUACAAUUAGUCAAAAGAGGUUAAAGACCAGUGAGGUUCAAUCAUUAGCCAAUGAUGAUGGUCAGAAGUGAAAUGUUGCCAAACUUUUCAAAUUGAUUAUGGCAUAUGUAAGCAACACAGAAGAAAAGAUCUAUUGAAAAUUCAUCAUAUACUCGAAGCUGAAAGAUGGAUUCAUAUGGGGGCUCCUAUAGACAAUCCUAGCUCUUAAUAGUGGCAGGUUAUUUAGGACACCAGAGAACAACAAGACAUUUCUGUAUCUAACUAAUAGAUCAUCACGUGCAUUCCUAACAAACAACUAUACAGCCUCACCAAUUGAGCCCGACAUGGGUUCUCGUUUCACACAACUACAUUGUGAACUCAAAAGCUACAUGCACUGUAAAGGUCUUAGCAAUUAGUAACCAUUAGCUUAAUCUUAGAAGUUAGAAGCAUUGCUUGGGAGUUGAAUGGUCAUAUCUCUCUUGCUGGCAUGACUGUAUGAUUUAUCAGGAAUAUGCAGACAAGAUGAACAAGUCCAUAUCUGUACGAAGUAAAGAAAUGACAACAGGUUAAGAAAAGAAGCAGCUUUUAUAGACGCCUUCGAUUCGUUGUAUGAGGGUCCAAAGUCGCUGAGCCAAUGGUCUCUACAAGAAGGAGAAAAAAAAAUCAACCAUGAUUAGAAGGUGCGGAUAAGGAAGAGUGACCUGCCUCCUCUAUCAGAUGGUAGGUACCAAUAACACACCUGCUCAGAAUCACCCCAUCUACGGAAAGCAGAAAAUGACUGCAAACAAGAGAAGAGGAACUGACCACCAACAGAAGCAAGACAGUACCAAAUCUUCAAGUCUUACAGGAGACAAGGAACAUGAGUGAGGAGGAAGAGAAGUAAAAGAGGGUACUGAACUGUAAUAAUAAUAAUCGUACACAGUGAUUAAGAGAAAUAAUUUAUGGAAUUGUUGACGAAAACGGUAGGGGAUAAAAACUACCACUUUUUACACAAAUCUCGUCAAUGUCGAGAUAAACAUCAUCAUAAUCAUCAACAACCAAUCAUCCUUCACACUUUGAUCAUCUUGUUCGGGUACAUAAUGUCAUCUUAUCCUCUUCCCACUCCUCUUAUCCUACA